CGCGAUGUGAGCUAAAACUAUCGGAUUUUUUAGACCAAAUGGCAAUGGAGGUUGAGAUCCCCAAUGAGCAGAUUGACAAGUUUACAAAGUAUUUUAACCAAGAUACGCUGGCGGCAGAGAUUGACAAGUUGCAUGGGCUUGAGCCAGUUUUACACAGAUAUCGCGAUGUAAAGCUUAGCGGGCUAAAAAGAACUUUAGGAUCUACUUUAGCAGUGGUGAAUGUAAAAAGUUCCAUUGACUCGCUUUUGAAUCGAGUCAGAUUUCUAGAGUCGUGCGGACAAGGACGAGAGAGAGAGGUGAAUGCUAUUCUAGAGAUUGCCACCAAUCAGAUGAAGGAUAUCAUGUCAAAAUAUACGGCCUGUGUCGAUCAUAUUGAUGCCAAGAUUAUGGAAAAAUGUGAGGACAAACUCACUGUGGUUGAAGAUAAAAUUCUUCGGGUUGUUAGGGACGAUCUAUCUUUUAUCAAGGAAUUGCCUGUAAAAUUAUCACAUCUGACAUCUGCUCCCAUUACCGCUCCAAGUACACCUAUUAGUACGAAUCUGACGGAUCAGUCUCAGGUCAACAAAUUGGGACAGGAGGAUUUGUCUGAGCAAGUAGACAAUAGUCGAAAAUUAACUGCGGCAGUUAGUGCAGUCAAAUCUACUCCAGGAUCUGUCAAGAUUGGAAUAGUCAAAUCGCCUAUUGGGAAACUAUCUACACCUCAACAGGCUCUAGCAGCAUCCUUGGCUCGGUUAGAAUGCCUUUUAGCAAAUAGAAAUACCAAGUUUCCUCAAACAAGUGCCGAGAUGGCGGCGCAAAUAAUCAGGGAAACAAAAAGCACUCUAGACAAGGCAUUGGACAAAUCUCUUUCUACAGAUGCCGAGACGGGAUCGCACACUGAGCCUAUACUCACGAUGGCUGAUACCAGAUCUGAAGAAAGUACAGUACAUUUAGGAGCAUCCAUUGUUCUUGAUCCUGCUCCUGAAUCAUAUGCUGUCAAGACAGCCUUGCAGAAACAACAAAAUACACAAGAUCAGCGCCUUCCAGUUCUUCCCAGAAAGGUAUCCGAGUCUCAGACUGAUACUUUCAAUGCAACUGUAUCUGAUGUCAGUGCAGUGGUCAAGACACAAGAGUCGGUCAUGGAACUGGAACCAUUGGAGAAAACUUUACAGAAAAGUGUUCAAGAGGACGAGGGUAAACUGGUUGAAACAGAGCAAGGCAUCAAGGCCUUGAAUGCCAACCACACCUCGACUGAAGAGAAUCCCUGGUAGUUUAUUGAUACUGCAUUGAAAUAGAUAAAGGAUGCAGAUUAUACCAC